AAUGUAUAAAAAUGAAAAAAACACCAUUUUUUUUUGGGAAGGUUCAGUUUUCUUUUUUACGACGUCUCAAUGGCUUCUUCUUCAGCUAGUGUUCGUCUCACCAACCCUCCUCCUCACGCACUCACCUCCCCACGACCGUCACCAACCUCCGCCGCUAACAUCCGUCUUCCCGCCGCCCGCUUCAAAUCGAACCUCUUCUCCACCAAACUCUCUUCCCUACAAAUCAGAAGUGUGCCGGUUCCGGUAGAAUUAUCCGAUCAACGACGACGUCGAACCAUGAAACCAAGCAAUGUCUAUGUGGCUUCAGGCUCCAUGGAGACGGAGAUAGGAAGUCAAAAACUUGCGAAAAAUCCGAGCUUGAUCUGUGCUCCGGUGAUGGGGGAUUCAGUAGAAGAGAUGGUGAUUGAAACGUGCAAAGCUCAGGAACUGGGUGCAGAUUUGGUGGAGAUUCGAUUGGAUAGUCUUAAAGAGUUCAACCCUCUUGAGGAUUUGAAAAUUAUAAUACAAAAAUCUCCUCUUCCCACUCUAUUCACCUACAGGCCAAAAUGGGAAGGUGGUCAGUACGAAGGUGAUGAAAACGAGCGGCUUGAUGCGCUCCGUUUAGCCAUGGAACUUGGGGCUGAUUACAUUGAUGUUGAACUUCAGGUUGCAAGCGAGUUCAUCAAGUCUAUUAAAGAGAAGAAGCCUGAAAACUUCAGAGUAAUUGUUUCGUCGCAUAACUAUCAGUGUACCCCUUCCGUUGAAGAUCUCAGUGACCUCGCUUUAAGAAUACAACAGUCCGGAGCUGACAUUAUGAAAAUCGCUACUACAGCUGUGGACAUCACAGAUGUUGCUCGCAUGUUCCACAUAACUUCAAAUGCUCAAGUUCCAACAAUUGGACUUGUAAUGGGUGAAAGAGGUCUAAUGUCUCGUAUCCUCUGCUCCAAAUUUGGUGGAUAUUUGACCUUUGGCACCUUAGAAUCUGGAAAAGUUUCAGCGCCUGGUCAACCAACGAUCAAGGAACUGUUGGAUCUUUACAACUUCAGAAGGAUUGGUCCUGACACUAAAGUGUAUGGAAUCAUUGGGAAGCCUGUCAGUCACAGCAAAUCACCUAUUGUUCACAACCAAGCUUUCAAGUCAGUUGAUUUUAACGGUGUAUAUGUUCACCUCUUAGUUGAUGAUCUUGCUAGCUUCCUCAAAACAUACUCAUCCGCUGAUUUCGCUGGAUUCAGCUGUACAAUCCCUCACAAAGAAGCUGCGUUGAAAUGUUGUGAUGAGGUUGAUCCAUUGGCAAAGUCUAUAGGAGCUGUGAACACUAUACUAAGGAGACAAAGCGACGGAAAGUUGCUGGGUUACAACACGGAUUGUAUUGGUUCCAUUUCUGCUAUUGAGGAUGGGCUUAGAAGGUCAAGUGAUCCAAGCAGUGUACCUUCUUCUUCUUCUUCGCCGUUGGCUGGUAAAACAGUGGUGGUUAUUGGUGCUGGUGGAGCAGGCAAGGCACUUGCUUAUGGUGCAAAAGAGAAGGGGGCCAAAGUUGUCAUUGCUAAUCGAACUUACGAAAGAGCAGUAGAACUCGCAGAAGCAAUUGGAGGCAGAGCGUUAUCUCUCACGGAUUUAGAUAACUUUCACCCAGAAGAUGGCAUGGUACUGGCUAAUACCACGUCUAUGGGUAUGCAACCAAAUGUUGAUGAGACUCCCAUCUCCAAGGAUGCAUUGAAGCACUACGCACUAGUCUUUGAUGCGGUUUAUACUCCAAGAAUCACACGACUGUUACGGGAAGCAGAAGAAUGUAGAGCAAUAACUGUGUCGGGGUCAGAGAUGUUUGUGAGGCAGGCUUACGCGCAGUUUGAGAUUUUCACCGGUUUGCCUGCUCCAAAGGAACUCUACUGGCAAAUCAUGUCAAAGUACUGAAACCUCUCGCUUGUGUGUGUGUAUGUGUAUCCUCUUCUUCUUCUUCCAUGGAAACUCAAUUCCAAUAAAGUUAUAGAAAAGUGCUAUUUGUGUUCUCAGAGAAGACCCUUUAUGAUGCCAUAGCAUGGACUUCUCUCUGUAUUUUUUUAUAUAUAUAAACGAUAAAACUUGUUGAGUUGAUAAUGGAAACUUAGGUUUUUGCAGAGUGCAAUGUCGAUGGACUUCUCUCUGCUUGUGAAA